AUGUUUGAAGAUAAAAUCAUACAACUGUUGAAUAACGUCUUUGACUCCUAUAUUGAGGGUAUUGAUCAAAGUAAACUGGCGCAGAUUAACCUUUGGGGAGGGAAAAUAGUUUUGAACGCCUUACACCUGAGGCCAGAUAUUUUUGAUAUUUUGGAGCUCCCCUUUCAUCUAACCUUUGGAUUUCUUGGGUCUGUGGUCAUAAAGAUUCAAAUACCAAUUAUAUCUCUGUCGAGAAAAAAUCUUAGCUUGGAUAUAUCGGAUCUGCUGCUCCUUAUGACGACUAAGCCGGAGAGCCAAUGGGACCCAGAGCUUUACAGAGAUGAAUACCUGUCAACCAAGAUAGCAGUGCUUUCAGCAGAAAGCCUAGAAUUGGUGGUGAACCAACUUGAGGGUCAAGGAUUCUUGUGGAAUACAGUACUGUCAUUUCUGGAUACCUUGGAAGUUACCAUACAUAACAUCCAUAUCAGAGUAGAAGACUACACAACCAAUAACAAUGUGGCAUACGCCUUCGGACUAGUAAUCAAAAACGCAUUCUUCAAACUAAACCUUGACAAUUCAAACGAAAUCAACGUCGACUUUCCGUUUCAGGCCCUAUUUACACACGACGGAAAACUUCCUCACUCAAUCAAACACAGAACUAUUGAUUUGGAAGGAUUUGGAAUGUAUAUAGACCAGCUGGACCCUUUAUCACACCUCAAGCCUGUUGUGAAAACCAGAGAAGAUAUAAAUUUCAAUGACAUUGAGCCUGAUGUAAAUGGAUCCGAAAGUCAUGAACCCAAUAGAAAUGAGUUAAACUUCACCAGACUGAGUAAAUCAUUUAAAAGAAAUAGAAGGAGGUCGUAUGCCUCCAAAGUGUAUAAUAGAUUCUCAGAAAGCCCAUCAGUCUACCGAGUUGCAUUUGAAAAAUAUCAAGACGAGCCUGAAAAAGAGCCACAGAAGAUAAUUGAACAUACAAAUCAUGUGUAUACUAGGUUAUUUUCUAGUGUGUUGGAUUAUUUGGUCACAUCAAGGCAUUCUGUUAGCUGUAGUCAUUUCCAAGAAGUUGAACCAGACCCGGAUAGUUUUAAUAAUACCGUUUGGGAAAAGUCAAAUAAUGUACAAUAUAACAACAGUAUCAAUAACUAUGUGAGAACAAUCCGAAAAUCAAGGACUUCAUCAGACAAUGCGGAUAAAGUCAACUCAGUUAAAAAGAGGAAGAAGACAUUUGUACGAUCAAGCUUUAAACCAUAUAGAUCAGACCAGGAUUUCUUUAUAACAAACGUGUUUAAUAAAGGUUCUGGUUUGGAAUCUUCAGAAAAAUCAGAGAAGGUAACUUCUGAAGCUAAAACGAAAGUGAUAGUUAGUAACAGCUGGAGAAUACACCUGUCAAAAUUCUGCCAAAUCAGAGAACAAGAUAAAAAGUCCACAAAGUCCUCUUCUGAAAUGAUAAACAACGCAUUAAGAAGACGUAACCAGAACGCAUACUUUAACCCAGAUUUCGUAGAUCUUGAUGAUGCAGAUGGAGGUUCUGCAAAUCCAGAGUCGAGACCAAGUGAUAGAGAAAGCUCAGGUGUUAAGGGAAAUGAAGACAAUUUGGAAGUUGAUGAAGAAAUUUUGAAUGGAUUUGAAAAAAGACGUAAGCUAUUAUCAACUGAACCAACUCCAAAGAGGAUUAAUGAAUUAUCAGAUGCUCGUAAAAAGGUUGAUGAUUUGGAUGAUAUUUCAGAAAGUCCACUAGAAAGCGUAAAUAGCAGUGAAAUGGAAUCUUUAGGUUCAAAUUCUAGCUUAGAACGUACUGUUGAGAGCCACGAAUCUGAAGUCGAAGAAGUGAUAGAGAAUGAUUAUUCAGAAGAAGAGGUGAUAGAAUCUGAGUACUCUGAUGUUGAUGAUGAAGAUGAGGAGGAGGGGUAUUCUGAGGAAGAGGAGGAUGUGAUGGAGUUGGAAAGUGAUGAGAAUGAAGUUAAAACACCAGAAAGAGUUAUUAAUUUUGAGAGUAAAGUUAGUGAAGCCGGACAAAACUUGGAUACACCGACGACAGUUGAUACAACAAAUACCAUCUCUGAUGAUCCAUUUGCAUACGAUAAUGAGGAGUGGACAUGUAUUACAUACGUACUCAGAAGUGGCCAUAAAGACAAAAUCGAUCUUUUUAUAAAGGGUUUAAAAGAGGUAGAACACAACUACAUCUUGAACACCAGAGAUUUCAAGGGCCUGGGUUCGUUCUUUUUCUGUACAUACCCCGUCCUUCCGACCAAAAAGUACACUUCAUGUUUGUCAGAAUGGGGGUCUAAGUAUGGAAGAGCUUCAACACUCAAAAACGACUAUCUCCCAAUGUGUACAAUAUUCCUGGUCUUUGAAGACCUGGACAUCAUCAUGUCAAAGGAGCAAAUUGAGUGUAUAUUUAACCUAAUUAACCACAACGUACUCAAAUUCUUCUAUUGGAUCUCAGGAAUCGCAUACACUUUUGAGAACCCAAGAGCAAGCCCGGAAGAUGAACAGUUGUACAUGGAAUACUGGCCGCAGUUUCUGUUGUCGAACCCGAAUGAAGAUUGUCACUCACAAACUAAAGAGGAAGAUAAUAAAAGUAACCGCUCCUCAACAAUUGAAAAAAUCAUCUAUAAAGGAGAUGACUCUACCUUGUCCAGCGAGAGAUCAACUAAAGUAUUAACAGGAAAAGCACUAAGCCAGUUUGUAUCAGAUUUCGAAAUCUUGCAUUCAUACCAGACAAUAAGAGUGCUGAGGAACAGAGCAACGGAUGCCCUGAGUAAACUGAUACAUGGACACACAAAGAGUUCAGUCUUUUGGAAGAUGAGCUCUAACGUAAACGAAUGCAUAACAAACGCACUUUUCACAAACAUCUGCUCAUCAUACAACUCAACCGAGUCAAGUAAGUCAGGUCAGACAAACUCAAAGAUAAGAGAAAGACUGAAGUUUGUUGAAGGAAUAUAUGAAAUCGUGUCAAAACAAACCAAUAAUGGAGGGAUGAUAAACUCACUAAAGAAGUUAUCAACACAACAAACAUUCACAGUAGAUUUGGCACUGGAUGUAUUGUUCUUAAACUCCAGAAUUAUUGUGACAAAUAAUAUGCAUACUUCAACAGAUGAAACGAAUGUGAAGGGUUAUAUAUUGUCAGCAAACGGAUUGCAUAUAUUUUACCAGGAUACAUUUGGACGCGACGGAAGUCAGUUUACAGAGUUUGAAGUGUCUCCUUUCACGGUUUUCUCACUUGAUAUAUCUUUAAAAGACGUCAAUGAUUAUUUAAAUUACUCAACUGAAGUUAACGGGUUUAAAACAAAUGGAGUGGACCAAUGUGAAACCAAGUGCAUAUGCGACAUUCUGAGCGGAACGCCAUGUAUACUGCUUACAUGCGGUGACUGUAACAUGGAACCCCUGAGAAGAACUAAAAAGAACAUCUUUUCCCUAUUUCUGGGAGAUGAAGAUGAAAACAAUUUCCUGCCGCCAGUGUUCUACAUGUCAGUGGAUUUCGACCAUUUCAGAAUACCAGAAACCUCAGAUAUCAGGAUAAGGUUCCACAUGGACUCAGACCUGUUCAUGCACUUCCCAAUUAUCGACGAAUUGAACCAUGCGCUGAGGAUAUACAAGUAUAACAUGGAUAGAUACUCGUCAACAUGCCCAAUUAUCAUCGAUGAUAACGUAAAGAGACAAGAAUACUUGGCAAAGGAGGAUUCAGUAGUGUAUGAGCUGGUCGAUUUGGGAAUAGAGUACCAGAGAAUUAUACUUGAAGGUUCUGUUUCUUAUCUAAAUUAUGAUUUCAAUAUUGAUAUUGACAAGGGAAUUUUCCUGAUGUUUGACGUUAAUUUGAAGGGCUCCUACUUUACAUACUCAGUGACCCUGGAUGUAUUGACAGUAAAGACGGUGACAAGAAACCUGGUAAACCAAAUGUCGAGAAACUCUAGUAUUAAUACCUCAGAGUCCACAGAUUCCAUUUCCUUGGAUAAAGAAGAGUUGGUGUAUUCAGAUUCAGUUCAGGAUGGGACCUGCUUUAAUAAUAAAUUCAACAUAUUGGGUUCAAGCAAGGCAAAUUGUUUGGGAUCAAAACAACAAGCAGAGGAUUAUAGAGAUUUGAAAGAUAACGAAGAUUUCAGAGAUUGUAACCCAGGAUAUGACCAGAACAGCCUGAACAAUUAUAUUAACCUGUAUUCAAAUAACUACUCAGAGGAGUUGGAGCACGACGGGUAUGACCUGCACCUCUGUUCAUUGUCAGGAUUUAAUGUGGACUGCUUAAACAGUGUCAUCAUGGUAAACGAACGCAGCGUGUACAUGGGUAAAAAAUGCAGUAUUUCACUAAACAACUACCUUAAGUCCGUCUUGAGAAUAAAGACAAAGUACCUAGAUAAAAUAGGGAACAUGAGAGGAUUCAUGAAGUACUUUGAAAACAAGGUGAAUGUUUUAAGAAUAGAUCGCGACGUAAAGUUAAUAGUUAAAACUUUGACGAACCUAGUCCCCCAAAAUAACCCAAACCUAAUAGCCUCACUAGAUAUAGGAAGCAUUUACAUAAGCUUGAGAGACGUGGACAUGGUAGGGUUAAUCUGUUCGCUAUCCGACUAUAAGCAGAUUAUACUAAAGUACGCAAUAAAGCUGGACGUGGUUUCUGACCAGGAUAUCAAGUCAAAUGAUCAGAAUUUUAAGAAGUUUGUGAACAAAUACCAUAAUAACAAUUAUAUAAACCAGUUGAAGGCGAAAGAUGAUGAUAUGGACUAUUUUGAAGAUGUAAUGUUAAACGCCUAUUAUAACUGGAAUCUCUUGCAGGAAUCACAGAUGAGCAAGAGGACCAAGGGUUUGAUUAAGUAUGAAAUUAAUAUGAACUUCCUUAAUCUGACAUUUAAAAGACUAAUCACAUUUAACACUAAGAACAGUUAUUACAGCACACACGAGGGUGGAAAGACAACUAGUAGAGAAUUUUCUAAGGGGGGCCAAGAGGAGUUUGGAGGCGAGAGAGAAGGCUCCAUAUCAAUGAGCCGUAAGAGCUUGAAUAAAAUAGACAAUACUAACUAUAUCAGCAGAGAGGGAGAGCAUUUGAUAGAUUUCACAAGGCUAGAAGAUUACGUUAAGUUUUACGGGAUAUCAAGUCCACUGUUCAGCCUAAAACUUACGGGGUUCGGAUUUAAAGUGGGAUUUUUGGAUACUAAGAUUGAGAGAAUUUGUUCAUAUAUCGGUUCAUUGGAGGUGGAAGAUCAGUCGAACUGUGUGCCGUUGUACAUGUCGACUUUGUUUUCAGGAGGAAAUACAACAAUGAUGUGGUCAUGGCUGAAGGUUAAGAGGCAAUAUGACGAAUUUAAAUCAAGCUUAAGUAUGGCAGGAGAUUAUGGAAAUGGACGAAAUAGAAGGUCAAAUACAGUUAGUGGGACAGUGUACGACUACUAUAAACGUGUUCAGAGAUAUAUUAACUCGACAAUGGACUUUGACGCACACUCCCAUAACCACAUCUAUAACGUAGAUGACCAGGAGAAUCUCGACCGCAUAGUGGACGAGUUGACGAACAUUAAGAGGAAUAGGAAACAGACGCCCCAGGUAGAUUUGGAAGAAAUGUACUUUUUCGAUAGUAAAUCGUACUGUUCCAAGAAGUCUCACUACUCUGGGAGCCCAGCAAUGAGUUCUUCCAGUAGCCAGAUUGCCGAAACCUCAGUGAGUAAAAUAAUAGAUCAGUAUAAAGAUGAUUAUGAGGAUCCGGAUGAUAAUGAGUCUGAUAAAGAAAAUUUUGAGUUGGAUGGAAGUAAAAAGGAUAGUCCUCGCCCGAAUUAUGAACCAUUGAAGAUAUUCUUUGGUGGGUGUCCUUGUUUUGUAAGUUUAUCCCUGAUAUCAGGUACAACUAGAAACUGUAGCAUAUACCUGUCAAGCUCAAUAGUAACAUUACCACUGGAGAUUAUGGAGUCUAUAACCACAUACAUUAACUCGAUUAACGCCUACAUAAAGGAUAAUAUUACCAAAAACAAGACAAAUGAAACUCAAGACAAGGCUCCCCCAAAGGACGAAGAUUACACUGAUUAUACAGAUAACCUUAGUGCCUGUGCCUCAGAAGAUGAUAGUUAUACAACUGAUACCUCUGGAAGCUCAUCAAGUGCGUCAGGCCCUGCGAUUUGCGAUAGCACUGAUGAAUCAAGUUGCUCAGGAACAAUGAGUAUCUCAGGCAGUGUGAAUGUGGGAGAGGAUAGUGAAACGAUAGUGGAUACAUCCUCCUCAUAUGAUUCUAAUUAUCCAGAUUCUAGUCCAAGACCAAAGGGCGUAACACAUCACAAGUUCUAUGAACCACAUGUUACCUCUGAAAAGAGUUUCUCAUUCCACAUCCACGUGGGAAUCAGCUCACUUAACCUGUUCACAGAAAGCGCUUGGACUGGCUAUGGCUACUUCCUCAAAUAUCUUUACCAUAAAACUGUGGAUUUUGGCAGUCAAGAUUCUGCGAAAGGAGGGUUGGAAUCUAGGAAACAUACCGGAGCGAGAGCAAGUUCAGAUAGUAGCAAGACAAGUGUAGAGGGUAGAAGAAAUAAGGAUAAAACGUUAGUGAGAUGGGCAUUUGUGAAGAAUAUAAUACAUGAUAAGAAUAGGAAGGCCUACAUGAUAUACCCAAUCACACUUAACAUAACAGGUCAAGGUUCAUUGUACCUGACCCACACAAGGGUUAGAUCAAUAAAACUUGAGAAUAAGGAGUCUGAAGAUCAAUCACCAAACGUGUACAGAAAUACCAAGUUUGAUUUGUACUGCAAGGAUAGCAUAGAUAGGCUGUUUGAAGGCUGGUCACGCUUCAUGCCCUGUGUGUUUGAGGUUAAACUAAUGUCAAGAAAUGUGUCCGUAAAGAUGACAAGAGAGGCCUCAGGGAUCAUUUUAACACCCUCAGGAUAUACCUUGUGCGACGUGUACCUAGACGUUUCAACUGAGUUCAGAAAAAACAGAGCAAACUUUAUAAAGUUUAUAAAGAUGAGCCUGAUAUACGAUAAGAAGUACCAGCCGCUGUUAAAUCUGGCGAAAAAUAGUCUCUUCGACCCAACGAACCUGAACACUAGUAGGAUAAUAGACCCAUUCAGAUCAACAUUAACAGUGGUGUUUUACCUGUACGGAAACAACCGGAACAUGUGGUCUGAUCAGAUAAUGCCGCAGUCAGUCUCAGUUCACCUUAAACUGGAGCCUUUGAAUAUAGUAGUCAAUUGUGUAGAUAUGUUGUGCUUGAUUGAUUUGUUCACACUAAUCAUUUCACUUAUAAACCUCUACAAGCACAGGUACACGCUUGUGCUCCAUGCCUCAGAUAGGUUUUUAAGCCUCUGCAACGAUGAUGAGUCUACUUUAGAAAAAAUCAGAAUAACGACGCUGUUUUCAAGUUCAGCACAGACCCAAUUUGAACUAGGGUCAGUAGAUGAUCAAGGUGAGAGCGUGAGCAGAGGAAUGAGUGGGAGACCAAGUGAACAUGACCGGAAUUCAACAUUGUCAUCUGAAGAAUCUUUGAUGAAUACUAGGAGCAUUUCAAGCAAUCAAACUAAUUCGAGGACUUCAGACACUGAAUAUGACACCCAGCUCGAUUAUGACCUAUUAAACUCUCACAAGACUAAAAGGCCACAAGAUUCGAGGUCGAACACUUCUGCAUAUUUGCCUCUUGAUGUUUUGGAUUCAGAAUACCAAGUGAGAAGACAUAGUUCAAGCAUUGACGUGGUAAGAGAUAAUGCAAGCUUGGAUGAUGAACGUUAUGGCUCAAACGCAAUGUAUCAUAACACCUCAACCGAUGAUAUGGGUGGACGUUUGUUUGGUUCAGAUUGCCAAGACGCCAGAAGCACCCUUAACUUCGGACAAACUUCUGAUCUGGACAAUUAUUAUCACUCCAGAGAAGAUUACGAGAAGUACCAAAAGUACAUGGAGAAGGACGAGGUCAUGAGCUCAACGACCGAAUACGAUGAUUCUGAGGACCAGGGAAUUUUAAUUAGAGUGCUUUCGAGUGUUAGUAUCGGUGUUUCAGUGGAGCUGGAGCUGAUCAACUUUGAGCUUUCAAGUGAUGUUAACACCUCAGUGAAGCACAUGUUUGCACUAACACUCGAAGACACAGGACUCUGGUUCUGGAUCAAUAACAUUUUCGACUGCGAAUAUUUGGAGGCAAGAUCUAGGCUCCCUUCACUGUAUUUAGGGCAACAGAACGCUCGCAGGGGAAUUUGGUUCAACGACCCGCUCUUGAACAAGGUGGACAACUUCCAGAAUGUUGGGGAAAUUGAGCGUGAGAAUAACUCUUAUUUGGAGCAGUUCUCGGGAAUUCUCAGGGGAGGCGUGCUUGAGAUUUCAACAUCCUCUCUCGCUCAUGCAAUGAAGAAGUCCAGCACAGACCUUAUUACAGAUACCCACAUUAUUGUUGCGCAACCCUCAAAUGCAAGUGCCAUAGAUCAAGGUGCUCCCUACAUUGAGUUACCAGAAAGUACCCGUGAAGAUGUUACCCCGGUAAACAACACAGCUGUUGAGACACAAGAUGAAACCCCUGUAAAUGUAAAUACUGGCAUAUUGAAAUCUACAAAGGAGGGUUCCGGCAUUGGUAAACCUGAGCGUUUAAAUUCGGACACUUUGAUAUUGAUUAAUAAGGAGUAUCAACGUGAAAAUGUGAGAUAUAGCAUAAAGAGUAAAGCUGACGUGGAAGAGAAACCUGAGCACUUGAUAGGAGUUCCAGCUGAGGAGGAACCGCACAAAAUAGGACUCGGAGAUAUUUUACACGUAGACGAGGUCAUUGACGUUGAGAAAAUACCCUCCAUCGCUUCAAUUAAUAAACUUUUGAGCCCCGAAGAAGGUAUCUUUUGUUAG